AUGGCUGGACCGCGACUGCUGCCGCUAGGGCUCCCGGUGCUGCUGCUGCUGCUGCUGCGGCCGCCGGUGCUGCCGGCCCCUCCAGGCCACGCCGCCCCGUCCUCCUGCCGCCCGGACCAGUUCCAGUGCGUGCCCGGCGCCCCCUGCUUCCCUCAGGACUGGCGCUGCGACGGGCAUCCCGACUGUGAGGACGACGAGGACGAGUGGGGCUGCGGGACCGUGACCACUGCGGAGCCGAAUCCCGGCGGCCCUGCGGUGACCGCGCCGAGGAGCUCGGCGGUGCCGCUCGCCGGCAGCGUAGAGUCUUCAGCUACACCUGAGCCUGAGGUCUCUGUGCUAUCGAGGAGUCAAGGUUACACAUGGAUCUUGAUUGUUGCAGAGCUACUGACCAUCCUGGUAGCUGCAGGUUCUGUUGCUGUGUGGGGUCUGUCCAAAGCAAAAUGCAGAUCUGACACCUUCAGCCUUGAAAAAGCAUCCAGGGAGCAGCUGAUACCUGAUGAGAGCCAGAAAGGCUCCUUGCCCUGA